AGAGAUCCAGAAAUAUAUAAGAUGCUAGGUGUUUUUGUACAUCAAGCUAUUAAAGCAGUAGUCAUUGCUAUGAAAAAUGGUCAGAACACACAAACUGCAAUCAAAGAGUGCAAUGAAUAUACAAUUGAUUUAAAAAUUCUAACUAGGCUUGGUGUAGUUAAAUCACUACCUGUUUAG